UUGGAAGGUGUGUCAUUUGCGCUAAACAUAAAAACCCAUAGAAAAUCAAAAAGAGAAGAUAGCGCCAACUCGCCAAGAAUUUGGAGGAGAGAGAAAAACAUAGUAGUAGUAAUUCUGCGGCAAUGGCGUCGUCGUCAUCUCCAUUCUCACUCGCGCCUUCGCUUCAAUUUUCUCUCUCUUCAACAUUCGCCAACAGGAGAAUUUUCGCUUCUCAUACUCGAAUCGUUUCUUCUUUCUCCUCCAAUCUCUCUCGUCGCCUCUCACUCAUCCAGAUUGGUACUGUUGUCUCACAGCCGCAAAUGUUUGGUUUUAAGGAAUCCACACUCUCAAGUCCAGAAGGAAAUGUUUUGGAUACUGGUACUGUUGGAAAUGUAGCUCAAGCAAUGCCCACUGUUAGCGAGGAAACUGCUCUAGAAUGGACCAAAAAUGACAAGAGGAGACUACUUCAUGUUGUUUAUCGUGUCGGGGAUUUAGAUAAGACUAUAAAAUUCUAUACGGAGUGCUUAGGCAUGAAGAUAUUACGAAAAAGAGACAUUCCAGAAGAGAAAUAUUCAAAUGCCUUUCUUGGAUAUGGACCUGAGGAGUCGCAUUUUACGGUUGAAUUAACAUACAACUAUGGAGUCAACAAAUAUGACAUUGGGACUGGUUUUGGUCACUUUGGUGUUGCUGUUGCGGAUGUUGCUAAAACAGUAGAUCUUGUGAAGGCAAAGGGCGGAAAGGUUAUAAGGGAACCAAGUCCAGUCAAAGGUGAAAGUUCUGUAAUUGCUUUUAUAGAAGAUCCAGAUGGUUACCAGUUUAAGCUUUUGGAAAGGGCACUUACAUCAGAGCCCCUUUGCAAGGUGAUGCUUAGAGUUGGAGAUCUUGAUCAGGCCAUUAGUUUUUAUAAGAAGGCUUAUGGCAUGGAACUACUCCGCAAGAUGGAUAAUCCUGAGUACAAGUGUACAACAGCUAUAAUGGGUUAUGGUCCAGAGGAUAACAAUGCUGUGAUAGAGCUAACAUACAAUUAUGGAGUCAGUGAGUAUGACAAAGGAAAUGGUUAUGGACAGAUCGCUGUUGGAACAGACAAUGUUUAUAAAACAGCUGAAGUAGUGAAACGCAGUGGAGGGAAAAUUAUACUUGAUCCUGGUCCCUUGCCUGGAUUAAAUACGAAGAUAACUGCUUGCCUGGAUCCUGAUGGCUGGAAGGCGGUAUUUGUUGAUAAUAUUGAUUUUCUCAAGGAGCUUGAGUGACCAAGGCCUGCUACACCCAUACUUUUCUAUCGUCGAACAGGACUGUUCCCAGAUGCUGAUGCUUGGAGAUUUCCAUUUCAGCAUCACGCCAAAGACUGUUGUAUGUUGUAAAAUAAGUUUAUUUGUAAGUGACAAGGGAGUUGAUCAUAAAUCUGUUUUCAUUUUGCAUUCAUCAGAGAAAUACCAUCUUUUACACCAGCCAACCUGUAAUUUAACUCUUACAGUAACUACUAAUUAAAUGCUAAUGCGACAAUUCAGCAGAUUUUGAAUUCCAUCAGUCCACAUUUGUUUUU